AUAAUAUCUAAAGGCAAAUAAUGACCUACCCACGACGUCGUUUAAGCCACCGUUCAUUCUCUGGGAGAAUAGAACAAUUGCUUCCCACAGAAUAAGAACAAAAAAAGAAGAGGAAAAAACACAGCCAGAAAAAGCGAAGAAAUGGAAGAAAUUCAAACGGGGCAAGGGAAAUCAUUUGCAGCUCCAGUUAUUUUCAUCCUUGUAUUUUCUUUCCUCUUCGUAUCUAAGUACAUCGAAUCCCAAAAAAACAAGGUUUUCUUCCUUUUUUUCUUUUUUGGUGGACUUAUUGAUUUCGCUUUCCAAUUUUGGGAGAAAGGAUCCGGCGAAAAUUUGGAUGUUAGAUUGCGACAAGAAAUCAAGCAGCUUUUGAAGGAGGCCAAUUCUUUAUCGCAGCCUUCAACAUUCGCUCAAGCUGUAAAACUGAGAAGAACGGCUGCUGCGAAGGAGAAGGAACUUGCAAAGUUGUGCCAAGUCUAUAAACUGUUUCAGAUUAUCUUGUUCUUAAGUAAUCCUGAGAUGUCAAACACCAUUUCUGGCCUAGAUGCAGCUGUCUUGACUCUCCAAGAUCUAGAGAUGCAAGAGAAGGAUAUGAAGUUGUCAGUUAGUUCAUACGGAAAGCACUUGAUGAUAUCAAAGGUAUUUACGUAUUUUGUGCUGAUUUUAUGGUUCUGGAAGAUACCUGUUGCCACAAUACCUGAUCAACUCGUGCACCCUUUUGGAAGGUUGCUUUCUUGGAGAGCAGGAACUUCUUUGAAGGACAGUGUUGUGAUAGGAGUCAUACCAUGGUUGAUAGUAUCUCACAGAGUGAGCAAAUUUAUUUGCAGGAAGGUAUUCGAGUAAGAUUUUCUUUGCAGGGGAAGUUUUGAGAUCAACAGCAACAGGAGACUACAUAGAUUGGCCUACCAUUUUACUUUUCUUUUUUUUGUCUUUUUUUUUUCCCCUUCUUUAGAUCAUAUGUUUCCUACAAGUGAUCACUUCAAGUUCUGCCCCAGUAUUGGUGCAUACAUGUUAGUGCAGCAUAGUCAUCAGAAAUUUACAGUCUUAUAGUACAACAUUUUUUUUUUGGAUAAAAACACUCUUGUACAACUUAUAUGCCAUGUACUCGUCCAAAAUGGAUCAAAAUUGUUGAAUGUAUUACAGUUUAGCAGUAUAAUGAUUUGUUCACACCAGCAA